UCUGACGUCAACCCCCAGAAGACUUGCAUUAGCAAUCCAGAAAAUCCACUUUCUCCAAAUUCAAAAAUUUCCCCCCACUCUCUCCGGGGAAGAAAAAAAGAGGAAGAAGAGAAUAAACAUGAGGGCACAUCAUAGGCCGAUCCACGCGGUGUCGAUGUGGGUGAAACGACAGCCGCCGAAGGUGAAGGCUUUUUUGGCGGUCGUAUCGGGGAUGGCAGCGCUUGUUCUUCUUCUAUUCAUUGUACACGACCAUGACAACCUCUUCGUCGCCGCUGAGGCUGUCCACUCCAUCGGAAUCUCUGUCCUUAUGUAUAAGCUCACAAGGGAGAAGACUUGUGCUGGACUAUCGCUUAAAUCCCAGGAACUAACAGCCAUCUUUUUAGCUGUUAGGCUGUAUUGUAGCUUUGUCAUGGAAUAUGAUAUCCAUACCCUACUUGAUUUGGCCACAUUGGCUACAACUUUAUGGGUUAUUUAUAUGAUCCGUUUCAAAUUAAAGUCCAGCUACAUGGAAGAGAAGGACAACUUUGCUUUAUAUUAUGUUCUUGUCCCAUGUGCAGUAUUGGCUCUAUUUGCAAUGUCCCUCUUAGGUGAAGUUUCCUAGGCUGUUUUCUCUUCCCGUUAAUAAAGAAGGAAAAAUCUCC